UAGUAACAAAAAUAACCCCACAUUUUUCAGAUAAUGUUUUAUCACAGAAAUCAAUGGGUUGUUGUACUUACACUAUAACAAAGAAAACGAUGAGUUUGAUAUGAGUUAACAAUACGCAAUAAUUAUCAAUGCGAUGAAUUAAAUGUGAUAUAUUAAAAAAAUUACCUCCGAUACCCGUUAAGAAAAUUUAUUAAUUUGUUCCACAAUCUAGCUCAGAUUUUAACAGAAACAUGAUGAAAUUUACUUUGCUCUCUUACAUCGUAAUUAAUUUAUUAAUUGUAACACAAAGUUACAAACCAGUAUUUUUAAUCCAUGGAAUCAUGACAGGCAGUGUGUGUAUGGAUUUAAUCAAAGCUAGGAUUGAAGAGAAACAUCCAGGAACAAUGGUUUUUAACACCGAUCGUUUCGGAGGAUGGUCAAGUUUAGAAAAUAUGUGGUACCAAGCACAGCAAAUUGGAAGUGAUUUAAUAAAUAUAACACAAUUAUACCCUGAGGGAAUACAUCUAUUAGGCUACUCACAAGGAGCUCUUCUAUCUAGAACAAUUUUGCAAGCCUUUCCAGAACAUAAUGUUAAAAAUUUUAUAUCCCUUAGUGGCCCACAAGCCGGACAGUAUGGAACUGAUUUCCUUCAUCUAAUUUUUCCUGACUUGGCACUCAAAUCAGCGUUUGAAUUAUUUUACUCUAGAGUGGGUCAACACACCUCAGUGGGGAAUUACUGGAAUGAUCCAUAUCAUCAAACCUUAUACAAAGAAUACUCACAGUAUUUACCCUAUGUUAAUAAUGAGAUAAAGUCCAAUAGAAGUGAAGAGUUUAAAAAAGGGAUUACCAAGCUCAACAAAAUGAUAUUAAUUGGAGGACCCGACGAUAACGUGAUAACUCCAUGGGAAUCAAGCCAAUUUGGUUAUUACGGAGAAAACAAUACUGUAGUUAAUUUAAUUGACCGUGAUAUAUAUAAGAAUGAUCUCAUAGGACUGAAAACUUUAGAUGAUGCUGGACGCUUAAAAAUAAUAACCGUACCAGGUGUUGAUCACUUUAUGUGGCAUCUCAACAUUUCAAUAGUUGAUAACUUUAUUUUACCAUAUCUGGAUUGA